CUUAACAGUUUAGACUACGUGUUUAACAGCAGAAGCCAGACUUAAACAAAUAUAUUUUCGUCACUGACUAUAAUCCAGAGACAAAUUUAGAAACUUAUGUUCAUAGUUCACUCAGAUUCGGAAAACUAAACAUAAAGAUAGCCAGCUCCUGAUGAAGUCUUUCUUAUUUAGUGGCAAUAACCUUGGACGAACAUGCCCAGUCAUUUCCGAAGGACGAAUUUUUUUUCGGAAACAGUUACAGCUCUUCCCUGGAACUGAUAUUUGUCCACGAUGUCAGCCAACAACAGCACAGGCAUCCAUGAUGAUCUACCUCUUACGAUCGAGUUCGAGCUGCCUGAUCUUGAUGACAACAUAACUCAUCCGCUUGAUGAAAACUACCUCUUCUACGGGUAUCCUGUUGUGGUACCCUUGGCCAUUCUCAUUAUCAUCAUUAUCGUGCUAGCUGUCGGUGGCAAUGUGAUGGUCAUCAUGACCAUUGUGCGUCACAGAGGAAUGCGCACUAGGACCAAUAUGUUUAUUGUGAACCUAGCAGUUGCUGAUAUUUUGGUGGCAGUGCUAGAUAUGCCAGUAUCUUUGACUACUGUCAUCGAAGGACGAUGGGUGUUUGGGGACACCUUGUGUAAAUUAAACGGUUUCACAAUGGCUCUCUUUCUCAUCUGUUCCAUACACACCCUAAUGUACAUUUCCGUGCAUAAAUACAUAUCCAUCACAAGACCCUUCUCAAGGGCUAUGACGCCGAGGCGAAUAAGACUAAUGAUCUUUGCCUCUUGGUUGUGGGCCGCCCUUUGUGCUACGGGACCUCUCAUUGGAUGGAACCGCAAUGUGUAUAAAAAAGGUGCCAGCCAGUGUGGACCGUCCAUUCCAAAAGGUCUUCUGGCCCUGUCGCAUUCACUACUCAUUACAACCAGCAAUUACAUAGUUCCACUGGUGGUGAUGUCCUUUUGCUACUCUAAAAUAUUUCGAGAAAUCCACAUACACAUGCAGAGAAUCAGGAAGACUUCUAAUAUAGACCUCGAGAAUUCGGUGGCUCAACAAAAGAAAGUUGCCACUACACUCUUUCUGGUACUCGCAUGCUUUCUACUCUGUUGGACACCUUUUGUCCUUUAUUCGAAUGCAGCAGCUCUUAUUAAAGAUAAGAGUAAAAUUCCACCCAUACUAAAUCCACUA